GACUGCACACGGACGGCCCGGCUGUGAGCAGAGUCCAGCUCAGUUUGCACAGUUUCGGACUUCUUCCAGUCAUCUCAGUGCUCUCUGAGUUGAGUCCAGCAGCAGCAGCAGCAGCAGCAGGCAUGGCACAGUCCACCAGGAUCCUGAUUAAAGGAGGAAAAGUGGUAAACGAGGACUGCUCCGCCAUCAGCGACGUCUACAUCGAAAAUGGGAAAAUAGCAGAAGUUGGGCUGAAUCUACAAGUCCCAGCUGGGGCUCGGGUCAUCGACGCCACCGGUAAACUGGUGAUCCCCGGCGGCAUCGACACGCACACACACUUGGAGUUGGCGUUCAUGGGCACCCAGUCGGUGGAUGACUUCCACAUCGGCACAAAGGCUGCUUUAGCAGGAGGGACCACGAUGAUCAUGGACUUUGCCAUCCCCCAGAAGGGCCAGCCUCUCCUGGAGGCCUACGACAGCUGGCGCAAGAACGCCGACCCCAAAGUGUGCUGCGACUACUCCCUGCAUGUCGCUGUCACGUGGUGGAGUGACAAGGUCAAGAAAGAGAUGGAGACGCUGGCCAAAGAAAGAGGAGUGAAUUCCUUCAAGAUGUUUAUGGCCUAUAAAGGUCUAUUCAUGCUUCAGGACUCUGAGCUGUAUGAUGCCUUUGCCCAGUGUAAGAAGAUCGGUGCGAUCGCUCAGGUUCAUGCUGAAAACGGCGAUCUGAUUGCAGAGGGCGCGAAGAAGAUGCUAUCCUUGGGCAUCACGGGGCCCGAGGGCCAUGAGAUGUGUCGACCGGAGGAGGUGGAGGCCGAGGCGACGCAGCGAGCCGUCACCAUCGCCCACGCCGUCAACUGCCCGCUCUACGUGGUGCACGUCAUGAGCAAAUCUGCAGCCAAGGUGGUGUCGAAUGCACGCAGAGACGGCCGUGUAGUAUUUGGCGAGCCAAUUGCAGCUGGAUUAGGCAUUGAUGGCACCCACUAUUGGAACAAAGACUGGGCCCACGCUGCUGGCUUUGUGAUGGGACCGCCGCUCAGACCCGACCCCAGCACCCCGGGGUACCUCAUGGACUUACUGGCAAAUGACGAUCUGAGUGUGACGGGGACGGACAACUGCACCUUCUCCGUGUGCCAGAAAGCCCUCGGCAAAGACGACUUCACCAAGAUCCCUAAUGGGGUCAACGGCGUGGAAGACAGGAUGUCAGUCAUCUGGGAGAAAGGAGUGCACAGUGGCAAAAUGGACGAGAAUCGAUUUGUGGCUGUCACCAGCAGCAACGCAGCAAAAAUCUUCAACUUCUACCCACAGAAAGGCCGAAUCGCCAAGGAUUCGGAUGCUGAUGUGGUUAUAUGGGACCCCAAGAUGACGAGGAAGAUCUCAGCCAAGACUCACCACCAGGCGUUGGACUACAACGUGUUUGAGGGCAUGGAGUGCCACGGCGUCCCCGUCGUCACCAUCUCCAGGGGGCAGGUGGUGUAUGAGGAGGGGCGGCUAAACGUGUCUGCAGGCCACGGCCGAUUCAUCCACAGGAAGCCUUUCUCUGAGUUCGUUUACAAGAGAAUCAGGCAAAGAGACGAGGUGGGGCAGCCCACAGCUGUGAUCAGAAAACCCUAUGAAGGCAAAGUCGUCUCUGUGUGAACAACGGAGCGCCGACAUGAAAGCCACUUUGAAUUUCCAGCCGCCGCGACAAUCCCAGGAGCCACCAAAGCCAACGCCGCUGCAUGUUUCCUCACAGAUAAAAAAAAAAAAAAAAAAAAACACCUCUGAUUGGUGGACGCAUGUGUUUCAACAUGUAUGAAAGUUCUAGUAUAUGAAACGACUGUGUGGC